CUCCAGUAAAUGUGGAGGUCACGGCAUUGUUUAGUUCCGUUGAUGCUUGUCACGAGACUACCAGAACUUCUUUAGUCGGCAUGUGGGCCCAACUCCCAAUAGCCCCUCACUAGGAAGGCCUUUCUUCCCUGAUAAAACAUCGCGCGAUGUUGCGUUUCUGCUUAUCCCCACGAUAAAACCACAGAUAAAGCUCUAUUACCAGGCUCAACACUGGAAGGACUCUCCGACAACAUAUACGCCGCUAGCAGGGUACGCUCAGGAUGUCGGAAACGUCAGUAUCACCAAACAAUCCAGUCAGAAUCCUAUCGCCUUCAGACACGCUACGACCAUGUGCAAAUGCCAUAGUCGAAAUGACUCACACGGUUAUCGCAAGCUCCGAAUCUCCUGACCCUGCGACGAGGUUCAAACUUGGAGAGGAAUUUGCGCCAGUAAUAAAGGAAGCGACGCGGCUCUAUCAAGAGAUGAAGUCAUUGUCAGUAUCUCCUGAGACGUCCUCUCACGGUGCGGUUUUUCAGAAAAGCCCUUACGUCGGACGACUACACGAUACUAUUGUGGUGCCUAUAGAGAAUAUGAGUGGUGUUAAAGUUACUGUCCGGGACACGGCCGGAAAUGCCGCAGAGGUUGACUGGACAUGGAGGAAUUUCCUAUUCGCCUCGCGUCUCACGUAUGUAGACAUUGAGAAGGGAAAAAAGGUUGGUGCUGUGGUAGUUCAUUUUCCUAGAAAAGGGUAGGGCGACUAAAGCAGACCCGGUUAUCCAUCUCAAAACUAUGCCACUCGUAUGUUGGUAUGCAUAGGAGAUUUUGUCGGCCCUUGAUACCAUGGCGAUAAUCUUCCCCAUUAAACAGAAGGACGGGAAGUCAUUUCAUGGGA